UUUUAAUUUCAACGAAUUACUUUUAUGUAUUAUUAUUAUGUAAAUUAUUUUUAUAUUAGACCAUAAAUUCAGUUCUUUCCCUUGAAUUAGAAAUAUAAUUUUAUAUUUCGAUCUCACAAAUCAUUUGCACUUAAUUUACAAAUUUUCUGGUAUUUAAUCAGAAAUGACUAGAACUUAUUUAUUGUUUGAGACAGCCGCAGGCUACGGCUUAUAUCAAAUCGACCAAUGGGACCAGAUUGGCAGUGAUUUAUCGCUGGACGAAUUAGUUUCAAACUCUGAACGAUUCUCAGGAACUGUAAAGUUCAAAGCAUUUCAGCCUUUUAGAACAGCAAAAGAAGCUCUUGAAAACAUGAGAAGUAUUACAGAAGGAGAACCCACUUUACUGCUUACCAACUUCCUAAGUCAGAAUCUUCCACAGUCAGAUCACGUUUUGGCAAUCGUUGACGUUUCUCUAGCAAAAAGUUUAUCGCAUAAAGGCUUUAAGGUCAUUUACGAUUCAAAUGUUCUUGAGCUUGUUAGAGGAUGCAGAUUGUAUGAAACCAAGAGAUUGACCAAAUUGGCUUCCGGAGGAACUUCUUUUGAUAUGAAUAACUUCCAAGUAGGUUUAGGACAUAGCUAUAGCAGAAGCAAGCUUAAAUUCGACCCAUCAAAACAAGAUAAACCUAUCAUAAACUCAGUUUCUCUCUUGGAUACUCUAACAAAGAACCUGAACUCCUUUGCCAUGAGAGUCCGAGAGUGGUAUGGAUGGCAUUUUCCCGAGUUAUGUAAAUUAGUUCCUGAUAAUAAAACAUUUUGCGAAGCUGUAAAGCUAAUUAAGAGAAAGGAAGAGUUUGAUUUUGAUAAUUUGGAGCCUUUGAAUGAACUUUUGGGAGAAGAGUUGGCCUUGACAGUUAAAAAGGCAUCCAGGCACUCAAUAGGUCAUGAGCUAGCCGACCUUGAUUUGAAGAAUAUUUUAAAUUUUGCCGAUAAUGUUAUAAAAUUGGAUGAAAUGAGGACCAAAUUGAGUGGUUACUUGAACGACAAAGUUUCAAUGGUUGCCCCAAAUUUGAACUGUGUGGUAGGUACUCUACUUUCAGGAAGACUUAUUAGUCACGCUGGGUCCCUGGUUAACUUAGCUAAAUCCCCUGCAAGCACAAUUCAGAUCUUAGGUGCAGAAAAGGCACUUUUCAGAGCACUAAAAUCUAGGACUAAUACCCCCAAGUACGGUCUCCUAUUUCAGUCAACAUUUAUCGGUAAGGCCUCAAAUAAACUCAAGGGUAAGGCUGCCAGAUAUCUGGCAAACAAAUGCGCCCUUGCAGCUAGACUUGACUAUUUUUGUGACGUCAACACUGAUGUUUACGGGAAGAAGAUGAGCGAGCAGUUGACCAAGAGAAUGGACUACUUACUAGGAGGACCACAACAUGAUAAAAACAUCAACGUUAUGAAACAGGCACACGAGGAGUAUAAACAACUAUCAAACUUGGCAAAGUUGAAUGAAAAGGUUAAAAGGACUCCAGAAGAUCAAACUGAGGAGAAGCCGAAGAAAAAAAGAAAAACUCCAGCCAAGAAAAACAAGGAACAGAAUGAAACUGAGCCUGUAAAUAAUGUUGAAAAUGAACAGAAAACUGUGGAUAAAGAUUCAGAGUCUGGUGAAAAAUUAAAUCACGUGUCAGAAUCGGAGAAAGUGCCAACCGUCGAUGGAGAGCCAGCGAAGAAGCCCAAGAAAGCCCCUAAAAAGAAAAAGGAACAACCUGAAGAUAGUGAAAAAUCUUCAAAAUUGGUUGAUGGAGUUUCCGCUCCCGAAUCAAACCCAAAGAAGAGUUCUAAGAAAAAGAAGGAACAACAAGAAUCUCAGAGUGCAGCUUAAUGUAAAUUUUAAUUUAGCUCAUAUUUUUUA